CGUAUUCACUUUUCCUCAUAUCCAGUUAAUUUUAUAUAUUUAUAUUUUUUAACAUUAAUAUCCAAGCAAAAUGGAAACAGUCCUGGGAUUAAAGGGAAAGGAUUUUGUCAUGCUUGCUUCCGACACAAUGCUGGCAAAAUCUAUAUUUUUUUUAAAGGACAACAAUACAAAAAUACGCCCCAUUUCGAGCAACAGCAUGAUGGCGGUUGUUGGCAAUAACGGCGACACCUUGCACUUUGCCGAUUUCAUAGCAACAAAUAUUUCACUCUAUGAAAUCAGAAAUGGCUACGACAUGGACACGCCAACAGUUGUUCACUUCACACGCAACCAUAUCCUUGACAAUAUACGUAACAAAGUAAGCUCUCAGGUUGCCAUGCUGCUGGCAGGCUAUGAUUCCGAGUUCGGACCGAGCUUGUGUUUUAUAGAUGCCCAAGGUACCACUAUGCCACUCAACUAUUCCGGGCAUGGACUGGGCCAUCCGAUAUGCACCAGCAUCUUUCAUAUGAUGUGGAAACCAGAUCUGACUUUCCAAGAGGGAGUCGACAUAGUUCGCAGGUGUGUCGUGGAGAUUCAAAACCGAUUGGUCAUCAAUCUGCGCAACUUUGAUGUCUUUGUUGUCGACAAGGACGGAGUCCGCAAGCUGCCGCCAUUCUGUCCAAUACCAAUAGGUGCUCCUAUGCCUCUACUUACUACUUUAGUAAUAGGCAAUCAGCAAGUGCCAACGUCUGUUUCGAAACCAGAAAUAAAAGAAAGUUCAGUUUAAACUUGCUUUAAAGACUGCCCUAAAAAGUCUGUCAAAUUGAUUGAGCGCCACCUCUAUCUAGAAGUCGGUACCAUUUAAUUUUAGCUGAACUGUGCCAUAUGGAAUUAAUUUCACAAUUAAA